CAUUGCCUUUGCAGCAUCACCGUCACAACGUCAACACACACUCCUGCGUAUACAGAGAGCCAGAAAGGGGUGGGUGGGGGGGCUGCCGGUCCCGAAACAGCCAACGCGUUUCCUCCAGUGCUGACUGCAGGGCCGACGACAACAAGCUCGGCUCUUCCCGGAUUCUCUUUUCGGAGCUUUUCUUCCCUGUUGGAGACCUUCUCCAUCCCCUACACCCAACAGCCAUGGCAGAUGACGCAGACAUGCGCAAUGAGCUGUCAGACAUGCAGCAACGUGCUGAUCAACUUGCCGAUGAGUCUCUGGAGAGCACCCGUCGUAUGUUGCAGUUGGUGGAAGAGAGCAAAGAUGCCGGCAUUAGGACAUUGGUCAUGUUGGAUGAACAAGGAGAACAACUGGAGCGCAUCGAGGAGGGAAUGGACCAAAUCAAUAAGGACAUGAAGGAUGCAGAAAAGAAUUUGAACGAUCUAGGAAAAUUCUGUGGUCUUUGCUCCUGUCCAUGUAACAAGAUGAAGAGUGGAGCCAGCAAGGCCUGGGGGAACAACCAGGAUGGGGUGGUGGCUAGUCAGCCAGCCCGUGUUGUAGACGAACGUGAACAGAUGGCGAUCAGUGGAGGCUUCAUUCGCAGGGUAACAGACGAUGCCCGGGAAAAUGAGAUGGACGAGAACCUGGAGCAAGUGGGUGGUAUCAUUGGAAACCUGCGCCACAUGGCUCUGGACAUGGGCAAUGAGAUCGACACCCAGAACCGCCAGAUCGACAGGAUCAUGGAGAAGGCUGAUUCCAACAAGACCAGGAUUGAUGAGGCCAACCAGAGGGCCACAAAGAUGCUGGGCAGUGGCUAAACACCCCCAGUCUUCGGCGAGCAUGACCUGCCCUGGUGUACGGCGCCAGCACGUCAUCAGAUGCCGACAUGCUUUCAUCCUGAUAAUGACCUUCUAGGUUUGCACACAUGCACAUAUCACCUCCCCUCCCCAUUGUAAAUGUUGUUCUGUACGUUGUUUGUCGAGCUUUUUCAAGAUGAUUGUUCUCGUAAAAUGAUGAUUUCUUAUACUCCGUACAUCUUUUUUUUCCAAAGGUUGUAUAUAGUGCUGAGUUAAUGGCGCUCUGGCUCAUCUGUGAAGUUUUUAUUCUCUAGAUCGAUACAUAUAUCAUAUAUU